UGUCUGCGUACGUUAGUUGGCCAUACAGGAGGGGUAUGGUCCAGUCAGAUGAGUGGUAACAUGGUGAUCAGCGGGUCGACAGACAGGACUCUGAAGGUUUGGGACGCGGAGAGUGGAGAGUGUGUUUACACCCUGUACGGACACACCUCUACCGUACGCUGCAUACACCUGCAUGACAAACAGUGAGUUAACCAACACACACCUCUACCGUACGCUGCAUACACCUGCAUGACAAACAGUGAGUUAACCAACACACACACCUCUACUUACGCUGCAUACACCUGCAUGACAAACAGUGAGUUAACCAACACACACCCCUCUACCGUACGCUGCAUACACCUGCAUGACAAACGUGAGUUAACCAACACACCACACCUCUACCGUACGCUGCUACACCUGCAUGACAAACAGUGAGUUAACCAACACACACACCUCUACCGUACGCUGCAUACACCUGCAUGACAAACAGUGAGUUAACCAACACACACCUCUACCGUACGCUGCAUACACCUGCAUGACAAACAGUGAGUUAACCAACACACACCUCUACCGUAUGCUGCAUACACCUGCAUGACAAACAGUGAGUUAACCAACACACACACCUCUACCGUACGCUGCAUACACCUGCAUGACAAACAGUGAGUUAACCAACACACACCUCUACCGUACGCUGCAUACACCUGCAUGACAAACAGUGAGUUAACCAACACACACCUCUACCGUAUGCUGCAUACACCUGCAUGACAAACAGUGAGUUAACCAACACACACACCUCUACUGUACGCUGCAUACACCUGCAUGACAAACAGUGAGUUAACCAACACACACACCUCUACUGUACGCUCUACACACCAGGGCAUUUGAGUCGAUGAAAAUCGAUGAAAAUAAACAAAUAUUCUUACAACACAAGAAAAAUAUAUGUGUGCAUUUAUCUUUAUACCAACAGUGUGGAACAAAGCCUCAUUUAUUUUAGCCAUUACAGAUAACACAUCCUUAUUGCUAAAUUGCCCCAUUUUAUAUAUUCAGUUAAUAAAAAGUGCCAUUUAAGAUUGAUUUAUUGAAAUCGUAAGAUCAACUGGUUAUAUCUUCCAUAAGAGUGGUGCUUGCUUGUAGAAGCCUAUGGCUGUGCAAUGGCAUAGCCUUGUUUUGUUAAUUUAGCAGACGAUACACUCUGAUUUACAGAGCCCUUACCACAGUCAAGACACACAUUAUGUAAUAUAACACACACUCAUGUGGAUACAAUCACACUCUACACUCAUACACACACACAAACAAACAAACAAACACACCCAAGCUCUACACUCAUACGCACACUCAUGUACACACACAUAUGCAUACUUUCUCUCUCUCUCACAUGACCAACUCGCUUCCACCAUGUCUCUGUCUAUCCUCAUUAGGGCUGUCCCCGACAAAAAAUAAUAAUCUUGGUCAACCCGAAAAUAGUCUGUUCUUUCGACCAAUCGAUUGGUCGACAUUUUUGAAUGUGUAUUUUUCCAUAUAUAGACACACCCUAUGUGUUUUAAAUAAAAUCAACUAUAUGCAUUGAGCUUGUCUGAUGCUUUAACCACACUGUUUGAUGAAAUAAGACAAAUGCCUCAAGAGGGAGCCAGAGAUCUAGAUAACCAGAAGAAAAAACCUUAACCUGACCAAACUAUUCUCCCGCUCCUGCUGGCUUUAGCAGAUUCUGCCGUUACUCUCCUGAAGUGGCCGGUAAUUGGCUGCACGAGGAGUCGGCAACCUUUCUCAUGUGGAAUGCCAACUUAUCUUACCAUUUCUACCGAUCUGCGUGCCAGUUAUGGUUUUCAUAUGCACAUUUUCGUGAAACGGUUUCAUUGAAUUGAUAAUAAUGUCUUCAUAUCUCUAAAUCAUUAUCAUGUGGUUCAUCAACAUUCUUUCUAAAUCUAAAUGAAAAUGAUACAAAUCUAAAAAGUAACUUCCAUUGCCAAUAUGUAAAAAUAGCCUCCAUAAAGCCAACAAAUAAAAACAUUGCAGCCUGCAGGUAGAAAAUAUCCUGUUAAAAUAAAUAUCCUAUAAAUCACAUUGGCUACACAUGGCCUGUCUGCAACGAACUUGAAACAUUAUCAACUGGGUCCGGCCUGAAGCUUGUGCUAGCAAACUUGCAACAUUGUAUAAAAUAUUCUGGGCCCUCAGAGCUUCCCACGCCAGUGAGCUCGGGACAGACACUGCUGUAGGCUAUUUGCACAAGGGAUAAGAAGCAGUGCUUGACUUGGGCCGGAGCUGAGUACCGGCACCUCAAAUGUUCUGCUUGAGCUCCUGUGCCUCUUAUAGAAUAAAAAUAUUGUGGAACCUAAAUAUGAACAGUAUCAACACCCAAAAUGAGUACUCGAACCUAUUUCAGUCCAAGUCAAGCACUAAUAAGAAGUAAUCAGGUAGGCCUAUUUUAUGACGUUUCCACUGGAUCAGAGCAUUACAUUUUUCCCUUUCACGCUGAGUGGUUAUCCAAAGGGAGAGAGCUGGAAAGAUUUUUCAAAUACACUGAGGAACUAUUGUCAUUCUCAAUGGAUGUAAAAACAGACUUCGUUCCCUUGAUGUUUGAGGUGAAGAAAACAUUACUUUGAGAAGCUCCACAGCUCAUUAGUGGUGGUGUGUUAAGCCAAUCAGAAAUACUAUCAGAUCCCCAAAUGGGCACAUUUAUAAGCCUACAUCUGCAUGCAGGCCAGGUAGCCUAUAGGCUUACUUCUAUGUGUAAUCAGGUGUGUGUCAUUACUCAACAUUGACAGGAACUCUCCAAACAAAUAACAACAAAAAUUACAAAACUCGCAAAUCAAGACAUGUUUCUCACAAGUGUAGCAUGGGUUGUGCGCUCUGCAAACAACGUGUCCACUCAGACAUUGACAAGGGUGAAAGACUGGAAUAAUAAUAUAUUGAAUGCAUUAAAAUAAAUGACCAUAACCAAAGUAACAAACAUUACAGAUUUAGAAAUGAUUAACGGUAUAUGUACUACUGGUGAUGUAUAUCAAUUCCCCAUUACAUAUAUUUACAUUUUAGUCAUUUAGCAGACGCUCUUAUCCAGAGCGACUUACAGUUAGUGAGUGCAUACAUUUUCAUACUGGCCCCCCCCGUGGGAAACGAACCCACAACCCUGGCGUUGCAAGCGCCAUGCUCUACCAACUGAGCUACAGGGGACUAUACACUAACAAUCAAAUGCAAACAAUUAACACUAUGAAGUUGUGAAACAAUGAAUGUGCACAAAUUUGCGGGAGAGACCGCAUUCUGGAGAGAGAAGUGCAUCAUGGUCAAUCCGACGUCUCCAGUAUUUAUGGUGAUACGGCUUCAGCAGAAGUCAGGGCAUUCGUACUUCUUGCGCUUCGUGGAGCAGAGCAGAGCUGUUGUCAAGGAAGUGAGUUUGUGUUUAUACAGGAUGUACCACCCCCCACAUACCGUCAACCAAUCAUGUCAAUACGGAGCUAUGCAGAGCCCUCCACAUUGAUACAUUUUGGAGGCGCAUGGGUACUGAGCUCGAUUUGGCCUCUGCAUGCCUACUUAUUUUCCACCAUAAUUUGCAAAUAAAUUCAUUAAAAAUCCUACAAUGUGAUUUUCUGGGGAAAAAAAUCUCAAUUUGUCUGUCAUAGUUGACGUGUACCUAUGAUGAAAAUUACAGGCCUCUCUCAUCUUUUUAAGUGGGAGAACUUGCACAAUUGGUGGCUGACUAAAUACUUUUUUCCCCCACUGUAUGUUGUGUGGAUUCUAUUCUCUCUAACUCUCCCUCCCUCCCUCUCUCUCCCCUAUCUAUCUCCCCCCUCCCCCCCCUCUCUCCCUCUCCCUCCUCUUCCCUCUCCUUCCCUCUCUCUCCUCUUCCCUCCCCCUCCUCCUCCCCCUCCUCUCCCCUCUCUCCCCCCAGGGUGGUGAGCGGUAGUCGUGACGCUACGUUGCGUCUGUGGGACGUAGAGUCUGGCGAGUGUCUCCACGUCCUAACGGGUCAUGUGGCGGCGGUGCGGUGUGUCCAGUACGACGGGCGCAGGGUGGUCAGCGGUGGAUACGACUUCAUGGUCAAAGUCUGGGACCCUGAGACGGAGACCUGUCUACACACACUGCAGGGACACACUAACAGAGUCUAUUCACUACAGGUAGGAAUACACACUAACAGAGUCUAUUCACUACAGGUAGGAAUAUACACACCAACAGAGUCUAUUCACUACAGGUAGGAAUAUACACACUAACAGAGUCUAUUCACUACAGGUAGGAAUAUACACACUAACAGAGUCUAUUCACUACAGGUAGGAAUAUACACACUAACAGAGUCUAUUCACUACAGGUAGGAAUAUACACACUAACAGAGUCUAUUCACUACAGGUAGGAAUAUACACACUAACAGAGUCUAUUCACUACAGGUAGGAAUAUACACACUGACAGAGUCUAUUCACUACAGGUAGGAAUAUACACACGGACAGAGUCUAUUCACUACAGGUAGGAAUAUACACCACUGACAGAGUCUAUUCACUACAGGUAGGAAUAUACACACUAACAGAGUCUAUUCACUACAGGUAGGAAUAUACACACUGACAGUCUAUUCACUACAGGUAGGAAUAUACACACUGACAGAGUCUAUUCACUAAACGGUAGGAAUAUACACACUAAACAGAGUCUAUUCACUACAGGUAGGAAUAUACACCCUAACAGAGUCUAUUCACUACAGGUAGGAAUAUACACACUAACAGAGUCUAUUCACUACAGGUAGGAAUAUACACACUGACAGAGUCUAUUUCAACUACAGGUAGGAAUAUACACACUAACAGAGGUCUAUUCACUACAGGUAGGAAUAUACACACUGACAGAGUCUAUUCACUACAGGUAGGAAUAUACACACUAACAGAGUCUAUCCACUACAGGUAGGAAUAUCACACUGACAGAGUCUAUUCACUACAGGUAAGAAUAUACACACUGACAGAGUCUAUUCACUACAGGUAGGAAUAUACACACUGACAGAGUCUAUUCACUACAGGUAGGAAUAUACACACUGACAGAGUCUAUUCACUACAGGUAGGAAUAUACACACUAACAGAGUCUAUUCACUACAGGUAGGAAUAUACACACUGACAGUCUAUUCACUACAGGUAGGAAUCUACACACUGACAGAGUCUAUUCACUAAAGGUAGGAAUAUACACACUAACAGAAGUCUAUUCACUACAGGUAGGAAUAUACACCUAACAGAGUCUAUUCACUACAGGUAGGAUAUACACACUAACAGAGUCUAUUCACUACAGGUAGGAAUAUACACACUGACAGAGUCUAUUCACUACAGGUAGGAAUAUACACACUAACAGAGUCUAUUCACUACAGGUAGGAAUAUACACACUGACAGAGUCUAUUCACUACAAGGUAGGAAUAUACACACCAACAGAGUAUAUUCACUACAGUAGGAAUAUACACACUAACAGAGUCUAUUCACUACAGGUAGGAAUAUACACACUACAGAGUCUAUUCACUACAGGUAGGAAUAUACACACUAACAGAGUCUAUUCACUACAGGUAGGAAUAUACACACUGACAGAGUCUAUCACUACAGGUAGGAAUAUACACACUAACAGAGUCUAUUCACUACAGGUAGGAAUAUACACACUAACAGAGUCUAUUCACUACAGGUAGGAAUAUACACCACUAACAGAGUCUAUUCACUACAGGUAGGAAUAUACACACUAACAGAGUCUAUUCACUACAGGUAGGAAUAUCACACACUAACAGAGUCUAUUCACUACAGGUAGGAAUAUACACACUAACAGAGUCUAUUCACUACAGGUAGGAAUAUACACAUGACAGAGUCUAUUCACUACAGGUAGGAAUAUACACACUGACAGAGUCUAUUCACUACAGGUAGGAAUAUACACACUGACAGAGUCUAUUCACUACAGUAGGAAUAUACACACUGACAGAGUCUAUUCACUACAGGUAGGAAUAUACACACUAACAGAGUCUAUUCACUACAGGUAGGAAUAUACACACUGACAGUCUAUUCACUACAGUAGGAAUAUAACACACUGACAGAGUCUAUUCACUAAAGGUAGGAAUAUACACACUAACAGAGUCUAUUCACUACAGGUAGGAAUAUACACACUAACAGAGUCUAUUCACUACAGGUAGGAAUAUACCACACUAACAGAGUCUAUUCACUACAGGUAGGAAUAUACACACUGACAGAGUCUAUUCACUACGGUAGGAAUAUCCACACUAACAGAGUCUAUUCACUACAGGUAGGAAUAUACCACAACUGCAGAGUCUAUUCACUACAGGUAGGAAUAUACCACACUGACAGAGUCUAUUCACUACAGGUAGGAAUAUACACACCAACAGAUCUAUUCACUACAGGUAGGAAUAUACACACUAACAGAGCUAUUCACUACAGGUAGGAAUAUACACACUAACAGAGUCUAUUCACUACAGGUAGGAAUAUACACACUGACAGAGUCUAUUCACUACAGGUAGAAUAUACACACUGACAGAGUCUAUUCACUACAGGUAGGAAUAUACACACUAACAGAGUCUAUUCACUACAGGUAGGAAUAUACACACCAACAGAGUCCUUUCACUACAGGGAGGAAUAACACACUGACAGAGUCUAUUCACUACAGGUAGGAAUAACACACUAACAGAGUCUAUUCCUACAGGUAGGAAUAUACACACUAAGAGUCUAUUCACUACAGGUAGGAAUAUCACACUAACAGAGUCUAUUCACUACAGGUAGGAAUAUACACACUAACAGAGUCUAUUCACUACAGGUAGGAAUAUACACACUGACAGAGUCUAUUAAACUACAGGUAGGAAUAUACACACUAACAGAGCCCUAUUCACUACAGGUAGGAAUACCCCACUAACAGAGUCUAUUCACCUACAGGUAGGAAUAUACACAAACUGCAGGGACACACUAACAGAGUCUAUUCACUACAGGUAGGAAUAUACAACACUAACAGAGUCUAUUCACUACAGGUAGGAAAUAUACACACUGCAGGGACACACUAACAGAGUCUAUUCACUACAGGUAGGAAUAUACACACUAACAGAGUCUAUUCACUACAGGUAGGAAUAUACACACCAACAGAGUCUAUUCACUACAGGUAGGAAUAUACACACCAACAGAGUCUAUUCACUACAGGUAGGAAUAUACACACUAACAGAGUCUAUUCACUACAGGUAGGAAUAUACACACUAACAGAGUCUUUCACUACAGGUAGGAAAUACACACCAACAGAGUCUAUUCACUACAGGUAGGAAAAUACACACCAACAGAGUCAUAUCACCUACAGGUAGGAAUAUACACACUAACAGAGUCUAUUCACUACAGGUAGGAAUAUACACACUAACAGAGUCUAUUCACUACAGGUAGGAAUAUACACACUGACAGAGUCUAUUCACUACAGGUAGGAAUAUACACACUGACAGAGUCUAUUCACUACAGGUAGGAAUAUACACACUGACAGAGUCUAUUCACUACAGGUAGGAAUAUACACACUGACAGAGUCUAUUCACUACAGGUAGGAAUAUACACACUACAGAGUCUAUUCACUACAGGUAGGAAUAUACACACUAACAGAGUCUAUUCACUACAGGUAGGAAUAUACACACUGCAGGGGACACAUAACAGAGUCUAUUCACUACAGGUAGGAAUAUACACACUAACAGAGUCUAUUCACUACAGGUAGGAAUAUACCACACUAACAGAGUCUAUUCACUACAGGUAGGAAUAUACACACUGCAGGGACACACUAACAGAGUCUAUUCACUACAGGUAGGAAUAUACACACUAACAGAGUCUAUUCACUACAGGUAGGAAUAUACACACUAACAGAGUCUAUUCACUACAGGUAGGAAUAUACACACCAACAGAGUCUAUUCACUACAGGUAGGAAUAUACACACCAACAGAGUCUGAUUCACUACAGGUAGGAAUAUACACACUAACAGAGUCUAUUCACUACAGGUAGGAAUAUACACACUAACAGAGUCUAUUCACUACAGGUAGGAAUAUACACACUGACAGAGUCUAUUCACUACAGGUAGGAAUAUACACACUGACAGAGUCUAUUCACUACAGGUAGGAAUAUACACACUGACAGAGUCUAUUCACUACAGGUAGGAAUAUACACACUGACAGAGUCUAUUCACUACAGGUAGGAAUAUACACACUAACAGAGUCUAUUCACUACAGGUAGGAAUAUACACACUAACAGAGUCUAUUCACUACAGGUAGGAAUAUACACACUGACAGAGUCUAUUCACUACAGGUAGGAAUAUACACACUGACAGAGUCUAUUCACUACAGGUAGGAAUAUACACACUACAGGGACACACUAACAGAGUCUAUUCACUACAGGUAGGAAUAUACACACCAACAGAGUCUAUUCACUACAGGUAGGAAUAUACACACUGACAGAGUCUAUUCACUACAGGUAGGAAUAUACACACUGACAGUCUAUUCACCACAGGUAGGAAUAUACACACUACAGGGACACACUAACAGAGUCUAUUCACUACAGGUAGGAAUAUACACACUACAGGGACACACUAACAGAGUCUAUUCACUACAGGUAGGAAUAUACACACUAACAGAGUCUAUUCACUACAGGUAGGAAUAUACACACUAACAGAGUCUAUCCACUACAGGUAGGAAUAUACACACUAACAGAGUCUAUUCACUACAGGUAGGAAUAUACACACUGCAGGGACACACUAACAGAGUCUAUUCACUACAGGUAGGAAUAUACACACCAACAGAGUCUAUUCACUACAGGUAGGAAUAUACACACUGACAGAGUCUAUUCACUACAGGUAGGAAUAUACACACUGACAGAGUCUAUUCACUACAGGUAGGAAUAUACACACUAACAGAGUCUAUUCACUACAGGUAGGAAUAUACACACUGACAGAGUCUAUUCACCACAGGUAGGAAUAUACACACUAACAGAGUCUAUUCACUACAGGUAGGAAUAUACACACUGACAGAGUCUAUUCACUACAGGUAGGAAUAUACACACUAACAUAGUCUAUUCACCACAGGUAGGAAUAUACACACUAACAGAGUCUAUUCACUACAGGUAGGAAUAUACACACUGACAGAGUCUAUUCACUACAGGUAGGAAUAUACACACUAACAGAGUCUAUUCACUACAGGUAGGAAUAUACACACUAACAGAGUCUAUCCACUACAGGUAGGAAUAUACACACUAACAGAGUCUAUUCACUACAGGUAGGAAUAUACACACUAACAGAGUCUAUUCACUACAGGUAGGAAUAUACACACUAACAGAGUCUAUUCACUACAGGUAGGAAUAUACACACUAACAGAGUCUAUUCACUACAGGUAGGAAUAUACACACUAACAGAGUCUAUCCACUACAGGUAGGAAUAUACACACUGACAGUCUAUUCACUACAGGUAGGAAUAUACACACUAACAGAGUCUAUUCACUACAGGUAGGAAUAUACACACUAACAGAGUCUAUUCACUACAGGUAGGAAUAUACACACUAACAGAGUCUAUUCACUACAGGUAGGAAUAUACACACUAACAGAGUCUAUUCACUACAGGUAGGAAUAUACACACUGACAGAGUCUAUUCACUACAGGUAGGAAUAUACACACUGACAGAGUCUAUUCACUAUAGGUAGGAAUAUACACACUUCUGAACCGGUUCAUAUAGUUGCUUUUCGUUAAUUGUUUGUCUUGUAAAAUCAACAUUUGUUUUUACAUUUAGCUGAUUAAUUUCCUUCACCAAUUAGCGUGGAUAGAGCAGCUUGCUAUGGAAUGGGUAAGCUAGUUGUUUACAUGAUGAGACUGAAGUUUCACGGCUGGGGAGAUAGUGAGAGAGAGGGGUGGACAUGGAAGGGGUGAACAUCAUGACGUGAACUAUUACUACCAUCAAAACUUCACUAGAUGGAAUAUUGUUGGAACAGAAAAUAACAAUAUUAAUGGAUGAAAAUAAUGGUUCUGUUCCGGAAUACUAAAGAUCACGGUUCUGUUUCCGUUCCUCUGAAAAUGUUGUUAUGAACCGGUUCCAACCCCUGGUUAGAACACACCCACACACAACUGACUUCCUGGAAUCUCCCGGUCUCUAUCUCCUCUUCUCCUCUCUGGUCUGUAGUUAAUUGUUAUUGUGUUUCACUUCUAAUCUUCCUCCUCCUCUCCUCCAGUUUGACGGUGUCUACGUGGUCAGUGGAUCUCUGGACACCUCCAUCAGAGUAUGGGACAUAGAGACAGGGGGGUGUGUCCACACGCUGACCGGCCACCAAUCACUGACCAGUGGUAUGGAACUAAAGAACAACAUCCUGGUCUCUGGCAACGCGGACUCUACUGUCAGGGUGUGGGAUAUACGGACAGGACAGUGUCUCCACACACUACAAGGUGAGAUUAUACAAACUGUAUAUACAGCAGUAUGUGGACAUCCCCAUUAGUGGAUUCGGCUAUUUCAGCCACACCUGUUGCUGACAGGUGUAUAAAAUCGAGCACACAUCCAUGCAAUCUCCAUAGUAAAUCAUUGACAGUAGAAUGGCCUUACUGAAAAGCUCAGUGACUUUCAACGUGUCACCGUCAUAGGUUGCCACCUUUCCAUCAAGUCAGUCUGUCAAAUUUCUGCCCUGCUAGAGCUGCCCCGGUCAACUGUAAGUGCUGUUAUUGUGAAGUGGAAACGUCUAGGAGCAACAACGGCUCAGCCGCGAAGUGGUAGGCCACACAAGCUCACAGAACGGGACCGCCGAGUGCUAAAGUGUGUAAAAAUGGUCUGUCCUCGGUUGCAACACUCACUACCGAGUUCCAAACUGCCUCUGGAAGCAAUGUCAGAACAAUAACUAUUCGUCGGGAGCUCCAUGAAAUGGGUUUCCAUGGCCGAGCAGCCGCACACAAGCCUAAGAUCACCAUGUGCAAUGCCAAGCGUCAGCUGGAGUGGUGUAAAGCUCGCCGCCAUUGGACUCUGGAGCAGUGGAAACGUGUUCUCUGGGGUGUUGAAUCACACUUCACCAUCUGGCAGUCCGACGGACAAAUCUGGUUUUGGCGGAUGCCAAGAAAACGCUACCUGCCAGAAUGUAUAGUGCCGAAUGUAAAGUUUGGUGGAGGAGGAAUAAUGGUCUGGGACUGUUUUUCAUUGUUCGCACUAGGCCCCUUAGUUCCAGUGAAGGGAAAUCUUAACGCUACAGCAUACAAUGACAUUCUAGAUGAUUCUGGCCUUCCAACUUUGUGGCAACAGUUUGGGAAAGUGGUUUGUCGUGAUCGGUGGGGAAGAACUUGACUGGCCUGCACAGAGCCCUGACCUCAACCCCAUCUAACACAUUUGGGAUGAAUUGAAACGCUGACUGCGAGCCAGGCAUAAUCGCCCAACAUCAGUGCCCGACCUCACUAAUGCUCUUGUGGCUGAAUGGAAGCAAGUCCCAACAGCAAUGUUCCAACAUCUAGUGGAAAGCCUUCCCAGAAGAGUGGAGGCUGUUAUAGCAGCAAAGGGGGGACCAACUCCAUAUUAAUGCCUAUGAUUUUGGAAUAAGAUGUUCGAUGAGCAGGUGUCCACAUACUUUUGAUGAUGUAGUGUACACACACUGAAGUAUCUCUAAAGGAUACAGUCGUGGUCAAACGUUUUGAGAAUGACACAAAUAUUAAUUUUCACAAAGUCUGCUGCCUCAGUUUUUAUGAUGGCAAUUUACAUAUACUCCAGAAUGUUAUGAAGAGUGAUCAGAUGAAUUGCAAUUAAUUGCAAAGUCCCUCUUUGCCAUGAAAAUGAACUUAAUCCCCAAAAAACAUUUCCACUGCAUUUCAGCCCUGCCACAAAAGGACCAGCUGCCGUCAUGUCAGUGAUUCUCUCGUUAACACAGGUGAGAGUGUUGACGAGGACAAGGCCGGAGAUCACUGUCAUGCUGAUUGAGUUAGAAUAACAGACUGGAAGCUUUAGAAGGAGGGUGGUGCUUGAAAUCAUUGUUCUUCCUCUGUUAACCAUGGUUACCUGCAAGGAAACACAUGCCGUCAUCAUUGCUUUGCACAAAAAGGGCUUCACAGGCAAGGAUAUUGCUGCUAGUAAGAUUGCACCUAAAUCAACCAUUUAUCAAAUCAUCAAGAACUUCAAGGAGAGAGGUUCAAUUGUUGUGAAGAAGGCUUCAGGGCGCCCAAGAAAGUCCAGCAAGUGCCAGGAACGUCUCCUAAAGUGGUCCUCUGUAGCUCAGCUGGUAGAGCACGGCGCUUGUAACGCCAAGGUAGUGGGUUCGAUCCCCGGGACCACACGUACACAAAAAAAAAAAAUUUAUGCACGCAUGACUGUAAGUCGCUUUGGAUAAAAGCGUCUGCUAAAUGGCAUAUUAUUAUAUUAUUCAGCUGCGUGAUCGGGGCACCACCAGUGCAGAGCUUGCUCAGGAAUGGCAGCAGGCAAGUGUGAGUGCAUCUGCACGCACAGUGAGGCAAAGACUUUUGGAGGAUGGCCUGGUGUCAAGAAGGGCAGCGAGGAAGCCACUUCUCUCCAGGAAAAAUCAUCAGGGACAGACUGAUAUUCUGCAAAAGGUACAGGGAUUGGACUGCUGAGGACUGGGGUAAAUUCAUUUUCUCUGAUGAAUCCCCUUUCCGAUUGUUUGGGCGUCCGGAAAAAAGCUUGUCCAGAGAAGACAAGGUGAGCGCUACCAUCAGUCCUGUGUCAUGCCAACAGUAAAGCAUCCUGAGACCAUUCAUGUGUGGGGUUGCUUCUCAGCCAAGGGAGUGGGCUCACUCACAAUUUUGCCUAAGAACGCAGCCAUGAAUAAAGAAUGGUACCAACACAUCCUCCGAGAGCAACUUCUCCCAACCAUCCACGAACAGUUUGGUGACGAACAAUGCCUUUUCCAGCAUGAUGGAGCACCUUGCCAUAAGGCAAAAGUGAUAACUAAGUGGCUCGGGGAACAAAACAUUGACAUUUUGGGUCCAUGGCCAGGAAACUCCCCAGACCUUAAUCCCAUUGAGAACUUGUGGUCAAUCCUCAAGAGGCGGGUGGACAAACAAAAACCCACAAAUUCUGGCAAACUCCAAGCAUUGAUUAUGCAAGAAUGGGCUGCCAUCAGUCAGGAUGUGGCCCAGAAGUUAAUUGACAGCAUGCCAGGGCGGAUUGCAGAGGUCUUGAAAAAGAAGGGUCAACACUGCAAAUAUUGACUCUUUACAUAAACCUAAUGUAAUUGUCAAUAAAAGCCUUUGACACUUAUGGAAUGCUUGUAAUUAUACUUCAGUAUACCAUAGUAACAUCUGACAAAAAUAUCUAAAAACACUGAAGCAGCAAACUUUUUGGAGACCAAUACUUGUGUAAUUCUCAAAACUUUUGACCACGACUCUGGACUCUACUGUCAGGCUCUGGGAUAUCAGGACGGAGUGUUAAAGAAAGGACAUUAAGGAGAUGAGGGGGGGGGGGUUGAGAGCUGAAGGUCUCGUUAGUAACAGUGUUAUUAAAAGUAUUAUUGAAACAUGUUCUCCGAACGUUAUUUAAUUACCUUCAAAUAACCUAUAAUUUCCGUUCUCAGAACGUUAAUUAAACCUCCCAAGAAAACGUUCAGGGAACCAUAGAAAAACGUUCUCAGAACCUCCCUGCAACCAAAAAAUGUAUGUUCCCAAAACAGGCAAAAUGUUCACUUCUGUUCUCAGAACGUUUCCGUCUUACCGGUCAGGAAACCUAUGGGUUCGUUUCCAGAACCAAUGGGAAACCAAAAACGUACGUUCCCACAACUUCCAAGGAACCAAAUGUGCUUGCUGGAUCUCUCUCUCUCUCUCUCUCUCUCUCUCUAUCUCUCUAUCUCUCUAUCUCUCUAUCUCUCUAUCUCUAUCUCUCUAUCUCUAUCUCUAUCUCUAUCUCUAUCUCUAUCUCUAUCUCUAUCUCUAUCUCUCUCUCUCUCUCUCUCUCUCUCUCUCUCUCUUCUCUCUCUCUCUCUCUCUCCUCUCUCUCUCUCUCUCUCCUCUCUCUCUCUCUCUCUCUCUCUCUCUCUGUCUCAUCUUAUUCUGUCUAUAUAUCUCCCAUCUAUCUUCUAUCCAUCUAUCUAUCGGACACCCAUAAGCCCAAAAUCGGCAAAAUAACCUGUCUCCAGUUCCCCUACUAUAACUAACUCUUUCUCUUCUCCUCUUUUUCUCCCCCCUCCUCUCCUCUCAAUUCAAAUUCAAUUUAAGGGCUUUAUUGGCUUGGGAAACAUAUGUUAACAUUGCCAAAGCAAGUGAAGUAGAUGGCAAACAAAAGUGAAAUAAAUAUUAACAGUAAACAUUACACUCAGAAGUUCCAAAAAUAAAGAAACGAUAAAUGAUAAGUCCGCCUCUCCCUCUCGUUCUCCUCCCUCCUCUCCCCUUUUCCCCGGAUCCAGCACCCGGCCCCCUAACCUCAUCCUCCCUCGCUCGUCUCUCUCUACUCCUCUCCUCUCCUCUCCUCUCCUCUCUCUUUCUCCUCCUCUCCCCUCUCUUUCCUCUCCUCUCUCUCUCCAGGUCCCCAUAAGCACCAGUCGGCAGUAACCUGUCUCCAGUUCUCUCGCUCCCUGGUGGUCUCUUCAUCAGAUGACGGUACAGUGAAGCUGUGGAGCCUGGCGACGGGGGAGUGGCUCAGAGGACCUGGUGGCUCUGCAGAGUGGAGGAUCUGGGGGAGUGGUCUGGAGGAUCAGGUAAAGGACUAGGAAAACCACACACACACCACACACACACACCAUGUACACACAACAUGUACACACACCAUGUACACACACCAUACACACACACCAUACACACAGGAGUGGCUCAGAGACCUGGUGGCUCUGCAGAGUGGAGCCUCUCUCCAGGGCGUCUAACACCAGACUGGUAACACUAACCCUCUCUCUCUCCUCUCUCUCCAGGGUGUCUAACACUAGACUGGUAACACUAAACCCUCUCUCUCUCCUUCUCCAGGGCGUCUAACACCAGACUGGUAACACUAACCCUCUCCUACUCUCUCCAGGGUGUCUAACACCAGACUGGUAACACUAACCCUCUCUCUCUCCUCUCUCCAGGGUGUCUAAAACCAGACUGGUAACACAACCCUCUCUCUCUCCUCUCCCAGGGUUUUCUAACACCAGACUGGUAACACUAACCCCUCUUUCCUCUCUUCAAGGGUGUCUAACAAAAGACGGGGUAACACUAACCCUCUCUUCUCCUCUACCCAGGGUGGUCUAACACCAGACUGGUAACACUAACCCUCUCUCUCCUCUCUCCAGGGUGUCCUAACACCAGACUGGUAGCACUAACCCUCUCUCUCUCCUCUCUCCAGGGUGUCUAACACCAGACUGGUAACACUAACCUCUUCUCUCCUCUCUCCAGGGUGUCUAACACCAGACUGGUAACACUAACCCUCUCUCUCUCCUCUCUCCAGGGUGUCUAACACCAGACGGGUAACACAACCCUCUCUCUCUCCUCUUCCAGGGCGUCUAACACCAGACUGGUAACACUAACCCUCUCUCCCCUCUUCCAGGGUUUUCUAACACCAGACUGGUAACACAAAACCCUUCUCUCUCCUCUCUCCAGGGUGUCUAACACCAGACUGGUAACACUAACCCCUCUCUUCCUCUCUCCAGGGUCUAACCACCAGACUGGUAACACAACCUCUCUCUCUCCUCUCUCACAGGGCGUCUAACACCAGACUGGUAACACUAACCCUCUCUCUCUCCUCUCUCCAGGGUGUCUAACACCAGACUGCGUAACACUAACCUCUCUCUCUCCUCUCUCCAGGGUGUCUAACACCAGAAUGGUAACACUAACCCUCUCUCUCUCCUCUCUCCAGGGUGUAUAACACCAGACUGGCUAACACUAACCCUCUCUCUCCUCUCUCCAGGGUGUCUAACACCAGACUGGUAACACUAACCCUCUCUCUCCUCUCUCCAGGGUGUCUAACACCAGACUGGUAACACUAACCCUCUCUCUUCCUCUCUCCAGGGUGUCUAACACCGAUGGUAACACUAAACCCUCUCUCUCUCCUCCUCUCCAGGGGCGUCUAACAACCAGAACUGGUAACCACUAACCCUCUCUCUCCUCUCUCCAGGGUGUCUAACACCAGACUGGUAGCAGCAGUUGGCAGCAGGAACGGGACAGAGGAGACUAAACUCAUGGUGCUGGACUUUGAUCUCACUGACAACCACAAGUGA